GAAACGACUCUGAAUCAGCGCUACCAACAACAUGCUCAUAACUUGCUCUCAUGUAUGUGAGAUCCUCCGAAUCAGACGGCCUCGAACCGGCCGGUAACACUCCAGCACCCACAUUUAUUGACUGCUUUGUCUUUCGAAGUGGGCUGAUUUGGUUGCUGGCCUUUCUUCUCCAAGCGAACCCAAUCUACCGGCCAUUGCAGAACAGGGUAAAAACAGGAUCAAUCAGAGAGGGCAAGAACAGAGCUCGGAACAGUCGCAGUCGAGGACGAUGCGGACGAGAUCGCAGCGCAUUUCUUGGACGAGUUGGUGGGUGUGGAUGGAGAGUUCAAGGAGGAGAGAGGGUUUCGAGGAGAGGCGAUCGUGUUGGAUGUAGAGCCAAAGGUGGCCUUUGCGGUCGCCGAAGAUGGUGCCUAUCACAAUGGACUUGGAGGGGCGCGGUGGCCCAUUGCGGAGGUGAUUUCAUCGACGGUGGUAGUGGAUUCCUGGGAAUCUUUGUCUUGGUUCUGGGGUUCUGGCUCUCUGGGGAAGAAGAACCGACGGAGGGCGUCGAUCUUGGUCAUGGUUUCCUGGGUCAAAGGAGAGUUAGAGUCUUGACAGAGACAGGACAGGGAAGGGGUAAAGUUCCCAUCAUUUCUGAGGGUUUAUAUACAUUCGGAGACACAGCGCGGGAAGUGGAAGUGGAUAUGAUAUGAAGGUCUCAAUUGAAGAUUUUGAUUAAUUCUGUGAACUUUUGCAGAGGAGGAGAUAUUUUGAGGACCUUUUCUUUGUUUUCACUCUUGAGUUAAUACAUUUUUAUGCCCCAC